UAUAAUCUCUUCUCAAGAAUGCUAAAACACCAAACCCCUACCACAAUUGUCCGAAUAACUUUUUGUCAUAUUUUUAAUGUAUAUGGAUGUGCCCCAAUUGAAUUUUACGCCACUGGAAGUGACAGAUAUUUGUUUUCUGACUGAAGAAAAAAUAAAAUAAACAAAUAUGUCGUUUCUGGUUUACUAGACUUGGAGUUCUCGGAGGAUGGAUAGAGAUUAAAAAGUAGGGGAAUUACUAAUAAAAGUUUGCAGUAUAAAAUGAGUUGUAACUUAUUUAAGUUGACGCAAUUAAAAGGUUAUACGGAGUGCAUUUCAAAUUUAGAGAACAAAUUUUAUUUUGUGAUAGGGAGUAAUAUGUAUUUGGAACGUGGAAAAGGUUGCGCUGGUAUAAAAGAUAAGAAUCGAGUGGACGGGUGGUGUUUGAGCCGGACGGAUGGCUUGGCUUUUAUUCCAAUUUUGUCCCAAAUUUGAUAGUCUUCCCUUGAUAUUAAGGAUUUUGUUUAUUUAUUCCUUAAAACAAAGAAAUUAAAAUAUGGCAUGCUUAGGUACAAGCAUCGCUGCUACUUGUACAACUAGCUUAAGUAUCACAUAUCGGAAGCCGAGUGGAUUAGGUGAAUCAGUAUCAAUUGGGAACUAUCCCCGCCGCCGCACCACCUCCACCAGCACCGCUACAAAACUCCUUCAAAAACUCACCAUAACCACCAGAAGAAAUCAUCACCGGGGAAUCAGAGCUGCCGCAGAAGCAGACACAAUGUCAGCAACCGAGGUUUCCCGAAUCAAAAUCAUUAAGAACCCGCCAGAGUCCAAGCUCACCGAGCUGGACGUCAGAUCUUGGCCCAAGUGGGGUUGCGCUCCCAGCAAAUUUCCCUGGACAUACUCAUCCAAGGAAACAUGUUACCUGCUGAAGGGAAAGGUGAAAGUAUAUCCGGAUGGGUCUGAUGAAGUUGCAGAAUUCGGAGCUGGUGAUUUAGUUGAAUUCCCAAAGGGUAUGAGCUGCACUUGGGAAGUAUCUGAGGCUGUGGACAAGCAUUACAAGUUCGAGUAAAUUUACUUUGGAGUGGUGUAUUGUUGUUUCAUUCCCCC